AUGUCAAAAGUUCUAUUUUCAAAAUAUUAUCAAUCGAAAAAUCUGUAAAAAAACUUUUUUUUAUUUAAAACAACUAUUGUGUAUAGACAUAGCGAUAACAAAAAUUAUUUAUUGCUGUUUUAUAACUCAGUAAAUGCAAUAAAAUUCCAUGUACGUUAAGCAAAUGCGUCUUGUAUUCACAUUAUAGUUUUGUUAUGUGUAACUUCCAUCAAAGUCUGAUUCUCUAUCAAAAUGUUAGAAGGAUUGGUUGCCUGGGUCCUAAAUAACUAUUUAGGAAAGUACGUGCAAUUAAAUACAGAGCAGUUGAGCAUUGCCCUUUUGUCAGGGAAAGUAGAAUUAGAAAAUUUGCCUUUAAGGAAGGAUGCACUUCGUCACUUAGGUUUACCUGUAGUGAUAAAAGCUGGUUUUGUCGGCAAAGUUCAACUACAAAUACCAGUACGGCAGAUUAGGUCAGCGCCAUGGGUUAUAGCUAUAGAGCAGCUUUACUUAGUGGCCAGCCCAUUGCCUAUUAACGAGUGGGAUCAUGAAGCCGAAGAACUAGCGAGGCAUGAAUUAAAAUUGAGUGCACUAGACACAUUAGAAGCAAAAUGGCGUUUAGCAAGAGAUGUUCAGGACUCAAAUUCAACAUAUUAUGCAUCAAGUUACUCUUCCUGGUAUAGUUAUGGUACUGGGCUUGUUUCAGAAAUUAUAGAAAAUUUACAGCUUAAAAUUCAAGACGUGCAUAUCCGCUAUGAAGAUACUAUCAGUAUACCUAACCAAUCCAUUGCUUUCGGUGUUACAAUUGAGUCUCUUAUAGCCCAAAGUUGCGAUUCCAAUUGGCUACCGGGUUUCGUUCAUACUGGAAAGAGUGAAGAGUCGUUUAAGUUACUUGAACUGCAAAAUUUUGGGUUGUAUUGGAUAACGUUGAAGGAAGAUGAACUGUUAUCUAACCUAAGCGUUGCAAAAUUGGCUGAAGCGAUGUGUCCAAGUAGGACGAAACGAGACACGAAGAAUUACAUUGUUCCGUCUGUAAGCGCCCAAGCUCACCUCAAAAGAAACCGAAGUACGCAGCCCCUGAGAUCGUCCGAUCCAAGAAUUGUCUGUGAUUUAAUCUUAGAAGAAGUUCCAUUAUCGUUAAUCGAUUGGCAAUACAACCAAAUAGUAACUUGUUUCCACGGACUAGACGACAUAGCAAGGCUGAGAAGUUACCGGCAGUAUAAACCGUCACGAUCCGUAAGGGAGGAUCCGAGAGCUUGGUGGCUGUAUGCUAUAAGUUGCUUUUAUCCCGGCAGCCAACCGGCCAUUUGUAGGCCUAGACCGACUUGGGAGUCGUGUCUUCAAAGGGCCAGAGAAAAUGUAAAGUACGUUCAGAUAUGUAUGAAGUUGUUGCUCACGCCGACCAUAGCUUUGUCUGCCGAGGAGAAAAAGGCUAAGGAGGAGGUGGACUGGAGCAGAAACUAUGAGGAAUUGAAAGUUUUAAGGGAGCUCGCGAUGAGUUCCGUCAAGUUGCCACAGGUAAGUUCGAAUAAUGGGAAAUCGAAAGGUCGCAGCAUGUUAGUAUCUUGGUUUCCUACAUGGAUGGGAUGGUAUUCUUCCGGUGGGUCUGAGAGCACAUCGUCUUCAUCGCUUGAGACCACCCAACUGGAAGGAGAAAUAUUGCAGGUGUUGGCGGAUUCCGCCGAAAAUAACACUAUUUUGAAGAGGGACGCUGUAUUCGGUCAUUUCAACUUUUGUCUCAAGAAAGGCACCUUAAAUUUGUGUACUGUUGAGGACAAGGAGAGCUCCGCAAUGUUGGAAUUGGAGUUUAAAAACUUGUCCCUUAAUAUCCUGAGCAAACCGCGCACAAGUUCGCACUUGGUGGAAUUAUCGUUGCAUUCGUUAUUCUUAAAAGAUAAGAUCACACCGAAUACCAUGUUUCCGAUUCUGGUGGGACCCCCCGGCCAAGACCGGAUCAGUGUGCCGAGGGGCAGGGGUCCCAGCCCGAGAGUCAGUCUCAGUACGAGUAAAUUUGACGAAGGUGCAGAAAAUUUGUUUUAUUUAGCUUACGAAAAGAAACCGCCAAACUCAGGCUGUGAUUAUAGACUGAGCGUUAAAACGAAAUGUUUAGAUGUAGUUUAUCAACCGAACGCGGUGAAGUGGCUUACGGAAUUUGUUUGCUUGCCUCACCAGCGCGAUAUUACACAGUAUCAGAUAGAGGCCAUGAAGUCUAGGACAAAACGAGAACUGAUGAAAAAUUGGGAGCAAAUACUGGAGGGCAGAGUGGUCACUAGAACGUCAUGGGAACUAGAAUUAGAUAUAUCAGCACCGCAAAUUAUAUUCGUAGAACAAUUUACCGAUCACAAUUCUUCGAUGGCUGUGAUAGAUUUCGGUAGGCUGCAACUAAGAAACAACAUCGGAAAAGUAGACCCACCGGCUAAACCCGAAUUCAUAACCAAAGAAAGCGAGGAAGACGAAAUGUUUGUAACUCCGUGUUCGACGCCACCGGCGAGCGAGGCUAGCGACUCGGGCGAACAAACGCUGGAACUGGUGUCACAAUUAGACGAGUAUCCGGACCUGCCCCUGAACGAGUCCAACUUUCACCAGAAGCUCUAUGACUGCUACUUUUUAGAGCUCACUGACAUGCAGAUAUUGAUAGGCAAAGCCAAAGACAAUUGGAGGUACGCCCUGAAUAAAGGCUCUUCGAACCUGCACGUCCUGGAUAGGUUCAAUAUUUCCGUACAAAUUGAAAGGCGAGUCCUACACACUUCCGAUCCGCUUUAUCCGAGUCUAACGAUGAACGCCAACCUCCCUAGGCUCUCCGUACACCUAAACGAACAGAAAAUAAUUUCCGCUAGGAAUUUAACACGGCUAAUAAUUUCCACCGGGUUGCCGUCACCGUUCAAAACAACUUCGAAUGCCGAAGGCACUAUCCCCGAAAGUACUCACGAGGAACAAUCUGAAUGUACCGAAACUAGCGUAGAAUUAUCCAGGCUGUUAAUGGUGCAGUUCUCCAUUGAUCAGAUGUCGCUGGAGGUCCAAAGCCGAGGACGAUGCAUAGCGGAACUACAAGUGUCCGGCGUGAAAGUGGCUUUCACCAGACGUGCAGUCGAUCUCGGUAUAACCCUAACGGUACACAGUUUACUACUCGUGGAUGCUUUGCAAACGUUCGGUUCGGACUUUGAAUUGCUAGUAGCCAGUCACAAGCACGUUGGCAUGGAUUCCAUGUCCGGUAGUUUACGGGACAGCGAACCCACUUCUCCCACGUCUCCGGCUAGUCCGGAUCCGAACAUUUCGAGAGCUAGUGCCACUUCCCCGGUGGCUUUGACCCAGGCGCUCACUAAUUUAUCGACGUCUCCGCCGUUUAAAUGGCCGGGAAUAAUACGGACCGGUCCACUUAUGGACGCUGAAGCUCUGAUUACCGUUGAAGUGGUAUUGAUUACUGGUCAAGAGCCCAUGCAGAUCGCCAAUAUACAGUUCAAUAAUUUAGACAUAAUCGCAAACCAAGAAACUCUAGUGGAACUAAUGGGUUUCAUAAAACGGGUAUUUCCAAAGACUCAAAAACCUCUAGCGCCUAGCAUACCCCGUAUCCCUUCUAGCAUUAACCAGUCUACCGAAUCGCUCCUAGACGACUUGACGAAUUCGAACAUCGGCACGACUCAGCUCACUUUCGAUUUCCAUCGCUUAAACGUCCUCUUACUCAGAGGUGUAAUAAAGGACGGUACUUUGUACGGGAAGAAAAUCUGCACCGCCACCAUGAGCGAGGCUAAAAUUCAAGCAAACGUCAGUAGUAAGCUGGAAGUUGAAGGGUCUCUAGGAGGUUUACAAGUGUUAGAUUUAACACCAGAAGGUCACAUGCACCAGCGUAUAAUCAGCGUAGGCAGAGAUCCCCUCUUGGAAGCUCCGCACCCUUUAUACGUCAUGUCUGGGGCACAAGAAGACAGCAGAACUGCCUUUAACUUCAAAAUUGUAAGGAAUUUGGAGAAGACGAGUGAGAAGGACACAGCUAACGUCACAAUUCGAAUGGCCUCUUUGUGGUACACGCACUCGCCCUUGUUUGUUGUGGAACUUCAGUCGUGCGCCACAGAAUUCAAGCAGUAUCUGUCAAAUUUGGCAAAGUCAAUAAAAAUGGCGGCCACAGAUAUGGCCUUGGGUCUCGUACAUGCGAGAGCCGAGGCGUUAGCUCAGUCUCUAAAUAUGAACAAAAGGUUGCCGGGUUCGAUUUACAGCAGUGCGUUGUCGUUCUCGGAAAGCGCUUCUCCCAGCAGAAGAAGAAGGCGAUCUAGUUCUACCGAGCCGUCGGGUUAUGCCUCUGCCAGGGAUACCGUUCCUCAAACUCCCUACAGCCCCGCCGACGAUGAAGAAUUUAUUAUAGACUUGAAUCUCGAUAUCGAACUGGAUAGUCCUGUCGUUGUUUUACCGAGAGCGAACAACAGUCCCCAAGUUUUUGUCGCUCAUUUAGGGAAGAUAAACAUAACUAAUAACUACAUAGACGAAACAAAUACAAAUGGUUUUCAUUAUGAGUACCUGGAGAGCAAAGCCGAACAUUACGACAUUGAAAUCAGAAACAUGAAUAUUUAUUCGUUAGACACGAGUUCUCGAAGGGUGCCAAGUCCGAUGAUCAGCAGACCCGAAGUGAUGUAUAGUUGCAAGACGUUAGCAAAGCCCAUUUUGCACGACACCAUGCUCCAGCUCAACAUCGACAGAGAAAUUAACAAAUCCAUGAGCGCCAGCCAAGGCAGCGACUCUAACUUAUUACUACACAAUGAGGAAGACAGUACGAGUGGCAACUAUCACAUUAACAGUGGAUUGAUUGAAAUCGACGGCAGCGUAGUAACGGCUCUAAAAGUAUCGCUAACUCGAGCGCAGUACGAACAAGUAUUAGAUACUUUGCAGUGGUUAACUUCCUCUCCGACCUUAAACGAAGCCCAAGGAAUCUCUCGUUUAAACACCAGGCCGCAGACCGUUCUAUCGGACAUAAGCGAAGAAGACACAGGUGUGACUACCUUAAACAUGGACCCCCACGUACGAGCCAAGUUAUUUCCAACGGUCGGCGCUGCACCGAAAAGCAAACCCUCAUCCCAAUCUAUGGUGGCACUAAAAAUAAGCUUUGAACUACCGGUGUUCACUGUGGAACUACGGGGCGAUACGCCUACUGGGGAACAGGGACUGGUUGAUUUGUCUUUUAGAGAUUUCACGUUCAUUUACGAGAAAUGCCACAAGUACGAGACGAACAUACAGGUCUCUUUGAGGUCUAUAUUCAUGGAAGACCUGCUUCAGCCUGAAGGAUGCAAGCACCGAACUAUGGUGAUCUCGUCUUCUGGAAGCGAGGCACCUCCAAAUGCAACAUGCGUUUCGAGAUCUUGCCCCGAUAUAACGUACCAUCCUCGAAUGAACAGCCCAUCACGAGGGUCGUUGCCUGACCAUUUAGAGACCGCGAAAGUUUUUGGAAUGGGAAAUAUGAACAACUCGGUUUAUAAUGACGCAAACGCGAACGGGGAAGCUUGUCCUUCCACCCCUCCUCCCAGUCCUCACAGAAACAAAAGCAAGCCUAAGAACUUGGUAAUCGUUAGCACGCUGUUAGUUGACACGUCAACUCCGAAUUUCCAAGAGACCUACGGUGGUUUGCAACGUUCUACUUCUGUGGACUUCAAUUGUUUAGACUUGGUGAUAAGUCCCAAGUCUUGGGUGGUCGUGAUUGAUUUCUUCAGCGCUUCUUCUUCGGAACCCAACUAUUCUUCUGCUGCUACGGAUACAGAUACUGUAGAUUCCGCAAAUCCGGUGCCCUUAGAGGGCAGAGCUAUGACGAAUAUCACAGUGCGGUCUUUAACGGUGGUUCUCGUGAAACCGGAUCGUGAUAUCGCCAAGGCGAAUAUCUCGAAUGUCGAAGUUGUGGUUAAAACGACGGGCUUGCUUAAGGAAGUCGAGGGAAAACUGGGAACAAUGUCGCUUCAAGAUUUAACCCUUCACGGACAGUUAUACAGAGAAAGGUUUAUAACUUCGCCCGAACAGGCGUUACAAUUUAAAUACGUCAGGCAUCCUCCCGAUCUAGAGAAAAAUUACGACGCUCAGUUAACCUUAGAUAUGGUCUCGGUUAUGUACGUGCAUACUAAGAGAUUUAUAGCGGAGAUCAUGGCGUUUUACAAUACGUUUACAGAGAGGCAACAGGCGGUUAUGAAGGGAAUUCAGGCAGCUACCAGUGGUCAAUUGGCAAAACGCGUGCCAUCACGUUUAUCGCUGAUAUUCAAGGUUGGCUCGCCUAUUAUGCUGCUCCCCGUCAGUUCAAAGUCGUCAGACUUACUUAUCGUCGAUCUCGGGCAGUUAUAUGUAACGAACUUAUUCAAAUUUUCCGGGGAAGACGGGACGAUAAGCGUAGUCUCCGACGAAAAUAACAAGAGAUGUUUACUUGACGUUAUGACUAUUGAACUCGAAAAUAUCGACUUAUGCACUGGCUUAAUAGAAACCGAAUUGAGUCCCCAGAAGAAGCAGCCGUCUUCGGAGAGCUUCAAAUUAGGUGGCAGUUUAAUAACGAAAAAGGGGCCGUCUUUGCUGCCAAAAAAAUUCCAGCUGAAGUUGCAGGUGGAACAAAAUCUGCACAAAAAGACCUGUCACAUAGUACCUGACAUGAGUAUCUACGGCGAGUUGUCCACUUUGGACGGCGUGUUGGACAUGAGACAAUAUCGACUUAUUAGGGGCUUGCUAACGUAUAAUUUAGGCGAAGAUACGGAAAGAAUCAACCCUUCUGUUCCUGCGCAAGUAGUAACUAACGAGAACGAAUCUCACGAAGAAUGGAAAAUUUUCUCUAUUAAGCUCAAUUUGCAAAAUGUAACGCUACAGCUUAUAAAAUCGCAUAGCAGCGCUUCUCCAUUAACCUGCAUAAACUUUAUAAAGUCCCACUUAACCAUUGAAACAUUCAGCAACCUGUGUCAAGACAUCGACUUAGUCUCCCAAGAGAUACAAAUAGUGGACACUCGUUAUAACGGUGCGAGGCCAAACGAACGUUUUAACGUCUUCACCAACAUACUGCAACCUAUAAAGUACAAAGAAAACGACAUCGUUCAGGCCGAAAUACAUAGUAGGAAGCGGCAGGACUACACUAGAGUUACUAUCCUUUUAAACGAUAUGAGACUGAUGGCUAUUUUUGAUUGGUGGGAGUCCAUAAUGGAAUAUAUCUUCCAAGAUAUCGAAAAUGUACCUUCCAGUCCGGAACAUCAAGUGUCGAUAUCGACCACGAAACAACCGGACAAUAUGAAGUUUGACUUAAAAUUGAAUAUCACCGAUUCGGAAAUCGUGUUAGUUGAAAACUCGUCCCAGUGGGACACGAAUACUGUGAUUUUAAAGAGUACUACCGUUUUAAAAUAUCGUCCGUACAAUUUAGAGAAACCUCUAUCGUGUAGCUUAAACAAUUUGGAAAUGUUUUCUUGUAUUUUGGGAAUGGAAGAUGAAACUGCUCUGUCCAUUAUAGACCCGAUUACGUUGAGUAUCGACAUUAACAAAGAGAAUAUCCUAGAGGUGCAACUGCAAUUUUUAAUCGUACGACUCUCAUACCACGACAUGUGCAUGUUUAUGCAGAUGUUAAACUCCUUGCCGAAGCAAAUAUUUAACAGAAACGGAGAGCAGGGACAAUCUUCUCUUACGAAAAGCCAGAUUGCCACUCUGACAGGUCUUGGAUUCAAAACGGAGGACUGUAUUGUGGCCUUGGAAAAAUGUGAAAAUAGACUGGACGAUGCUGCGCUUUGGCUAACACGUAACGCAGUACCCUCUUCUCGUGUGCCAAAAAAUGAAAAAUAUAUCAGUAUUAAUGCGAUUGAGGUAAAGGCAAAUUGUGUUUCAAUUUGCAUUAUCGACGAUUGCGGUGAUUCAGAUGUGCCACUUCUAGAACUUUCAUUUUCCGAUCUUCAAUUAAACCAACUUCUACCCGAGUUAAAUUUAAACGACCCCGAUCCUAUACAUCCUCAAGGCUCGUUAUGCUGUAUUUUGGCCAGUGAUUAUUACAAUAGAGUACUGUCAGGUUGGGAACCCAUUUUCGAACCGUGGAGGUGUACUAUAAUAUGGGAAAAAAUAAUUUCCCAAACGUUGCUGAAGAAUAAUUUGUCAUUUAAAGUCAGUUCUUAUGAUACAUUCAACAUUAAUAUAACUUCGACUUUAAUGGAGUUGUAUGGGCAAGUAAAAGAAAACUGGACGAUGGACUAUUAUAAAGUAAAGCAGACCUUAAUGAGAAAUCAGAAAGAAGCAGAUCCUGUUAGUACUUUGGAUAGCUUCAGGAGAAGAUCUCCGUUCAUACCGUUUGCUUUAAAAAACGAAACGGGUUCCUUGCUAAAGUUUACAACCCACAUAUCAGACAUAGACAAGUCUAGCACCCCCAUCGUAUAUAAGUCGGAAGAAAAUUGGAUAACGGUCGAUUCUGGACAAACGGUACCUUUUUCCUUUACAAGCAGAGAUAAAAUGCGACAUCAGGAUUCACACAAAAUGAAAAUGCACCAGCUGGGCGUAAAGGUAGAGGGGUGGCAACAUGUCAAUCCGGUCACUGUCGAUAAAGUCGGUGUUUACUUUAGAGACGCUCCAGCGGAAGUGCAAAAUAGAUCAUUAGAUCUACCACCGGUGAGAAUUGUAUUUGACAUAGCCCUAGAGGGAUCUGCCAGAAAGUUGAUAACAGUUCGAUCGGCACUCUUGAUCAUCAACAACUUACCGCAAACGGUAGAAGUAAAACUGGAAAACAGGUUACCCCAUGAUGCCGUUACUCUGUGGGUUCCAAAUAAAUCGUUCAUUGUGGACACCAAGAAGACGCUGGCAGUGCCUUUAGUCCACGCCCAUUCUCAGAUUAAUGUACGACCGAGUGGUUCGCCCCAUCAGUAUACUUUCUGCAUGCCAACAUUGAACUGGUCCGAAAUGCCCAAUUAUGUCGACAAAGUGUAUGAAUUGGCCACGUGCCACACUCACAAGGGAUAUAAUUACAGGUUCUGUGCCGAAAUCAUUAGAGAGAAUUUGUUAAUAGGAUCGAGUACGAGAUACGACCAGCCAGCUCAUAGAAUUUAUUUAUGGCCUACCGUUAAACUGGAGAACCUUCUUCCGAUAGAUAUAGUUUAUAACCUCGCUGGGGAAAAUGGACACGUUAAAGCUGGCGCACAAGCAUCUGUGACUAGCCUUGACCCCGAGAAAGUCAUAGAGCUAGAGAUUAAAAUCGAAAACUUCCAAACCUGCAACGCUAUAGUUAUACCCAGCAGUUGUAACACCGAUUUUAGCGGCCGUAUUAAGCUCGAAGACAGACGUCAGCGGAAAUUGUAUUUGUUCGCAGAUAUUUCCGUUAAUAAAGGAGCUAAGUUAAAAAUUACAAUAUCGGCGUACUAUUGGAUUAUCAACAGGACGGGUUUGCCUUUAGUUUUCAGGCAGUCUGGUUCCUCUACAGAGAGUGCAGGUCAGUUCGAUGAACACGAACAAGCCAGAAUGAUGGCCCCUUUGCUUUUCAGUUUUUCUGACCAAGAUGCCAGUCCGACAAUAAACGCAAGAGUUGGCAAAAAAGUUGUCUGGGAUGGAACACCUCAGUGGUGCUCAAACUUUCAUGUCCAGAAAGGCACCCAAUACCGCAAAUUGCGUGUGACGAUGAGAGACGGCAAACCCGACACGGUUUUCGUGGUCGGUUUGGAGGUUAGACCCGGAAGAGGAAAAUACCGUUCUACCAACAUCAUUACUAUUUCCCCGAGGUACCAACUUUACAAUCGCAGUUCUUACCAGUUAAUCUUCGCGCAGAUGUAUUCGGUGAAAAACUUAAGCCCCCAAGCUCAGAAGACCUACUUGAAAGCUAUGCCCAAUUCGCAUAUGCCCUUCCACUGGUCCAGCCUGGAAAAAGAGCAGUUGCUUUGCGUGUCGAUACUGGACAUUCCGGACUGUUGCUGGUCGGGCGGAUUGAAAAUCGACAGCAUCAAUUCAAUGCACGUCAACAUACGAGACGCAAAUGGAAGAGUUUACUUCUUGCGCUUGGAGGUAAUCCUUCAAGACGCAACUUUCUUCGUCAUGUUUACAGACGCGGACACCAUGCCUCCGCCCAUACGAGUCGACAACUUUUCCGAGGUUCCCAUUCAGUUCGGGCAGAACUGUUAUAUCGACAUCAUGCACAGCAUCGCACGAGCGCACUCUAGCGUACCGUACGCGUGGGACGAACCCACAGAACCCAACAUAGUAAGACUGAUAGCGCCAGGGGGCGUUUCUAAUAUUUAUAAUAUGAACAACUUGGGAUCCAUGCAUGGGUUGACCUAUGAAAAUUUUAUUUAUAUAGCAUUUGUGGGCACUUUUAAGAACAGCUCCAAAGGCGUCAAAGACCCUCACGAUGUAGAGAGCCAGGAGCUGGUCCUGGACGUGCGAUCGAAGGACAGCAGGGUGAUCUUGGCCACGAAAAUACCAGGCGAACGCUCUCAGUUGUGGCGAAUGACCUCGGAAGGGCACCUGCAGCACGAAGGGAGCAGUCCGCCUUCUCAUCCCAACCAGCCCAGACGGAAGGAUAAUAUUCUGGUGUUGGACAUAGAGAAUACCGCUCCGCAACCCAACACGUACUCCCGGUUGAUGCUGCGUCGCAUAGACCCUAGGAGGCAGUCCACGCAGAAAUGGAGGUUCACCGAGGAAGGACGGCUGUGCUGCGAUCAUUACAAUAUGUGCGUGCAAGCGCAAGACGGGUUUUAUGGGUUGCGUCCAGGGAAUUCAGCCGUUCUCGGUUUACCGCAGCCCAUAUGCCACAAAGUAACGGACAGAGGCAUUCCGAUCGAGCAAGCCAUCGAACGGCAGAGAUUACGUCCAGGCUCCGGUUUCCUGGCCGUUGACAUAUACAUGGACGGGCCUACGCAGGUCAUAAGCAUCAAAGACAUAAAACAAAAAUCGGUGUACGCCUCUCCCGAUGACAAGGAAUGGGGAAUGAUUUCUCGCAAGCAAAGGCCCGAUCUUACCUGGAAAGAGGAUAAUCAGAACAGGAUCACUACCGAGAUGCAAUUCGGAGUGGACUUAAGAGGGCUCGGUGUUAGCGUAGUCUGCAGGAAAACCCACGGGGAGCUGCUGUAUGCCCAUUUCUCCGAUAUCGUUGGACAGUCGACGAUAACUCCUCAGACUCGGCAGUUCAGCAUCAGCGUCAAGGAUAUACAAAUUGAUAAUCAGCUUUUGGGUUCAUCAGUGCCCGUUGUCUUGUACGUUACGCCGCCCAAUUCGAGAAACACCGACGAAGCCUACGACCAUCUGCCGGCGCUUGUCUUUGACGCCGAAAUGCAAGAGAAAGAUAAUUCGAAUGCGGUUAUUUUUAAGCAUUUGAUUUUACGGUUGAAGAAGAUUACGAUAAUUAUCGAAGAGAUGCUGCUGCUGAAAUUUUUCUCGUUUAUGGGGCUUCACUCGCAAGAAGAGGAACUUUUUAAUAAGGACGAAAACGAUUACGAGACUCAGAAGUUGCUUAUGGAAGUAUCGGCAGCGCACGCUAAAAGAUAUUAUUUUGGUAUCAUCAAACUGAUUCCUGAUCAAAUCCGACUGAGCGUUACGACGGCCAGUAAACUUCCUAAACAUUUGCAAAGAAUCAAGAGAAAAUUAGGUCUAACUUUGAUCAAAUUCGAGGACGCUGCUGUCGACCUACAAGCCUUUGAAAGGAAACACCCCUUUGAAACGAGAGAGUUUCUGUUUAAGUCUAUUAUAAAGCAUUUUAAAGAUGAAUUGAUGUGGCAAGCCGGAAUAAUUCUAGGUUCAGUCGACUUCAUUGGAAAUCCCCUUGGACUGAUGAACGACGUUUCCGAGGGCCUAUCGGGCUUCAUCUACGAAGGUAACGUUGGCGCUCUAGUAAAGAACGUCACUCACGGCAUGUCGAAUUCCGCCGCCAAGAUCACGGAGUCUUUAUCCGACGGUCUGGGAAGAGUGGCCAUGGACGACUACCACGAGGAGAUGAGGCAAAGAAUAAGACAGGUACAGACCGGCAAGAGCUCGGAUCACAUCUUGGCUGGGUUCAAGGGUCUCGGUUUUGGAAUACUGGGCGGCGCUACCGGCAUAUUCAAGCAGGUGUAUGAGGGUGCCUCUAAUGACGGGAUUCAAGGUGUUUUUUCUGGUCUCGGUAAAGGUCUGGUGGGCGCCGUUACUAAACCUGUGGUAGGAGUGCUCGAUUUCGCAUCGGAGACAGCUAGAGCUGUAAGAGAUUCGAGUAGAAGUAAGACGAUGCCCGAGCGUAUUAGAUUGCCCAGAUGCGUCCACGGGCCCGGGGAACUGUUGCCCACAUAUAAUUCUAAGCAAAGUGAAGGACAACAGUACCUUUACAUGGUCAAUCAUAAGGAUUACGAAGAGCAAUUAAUCGCGUAUCAGGUGUUAGGAAGUGCUUCCGAGGACUUGCUUUGCAUCGUGUCGAAUAAAAUGAUUCGGAUCGCCACAAGCACAAAGACUCCGGAAUUGGCUACCGUUCUUGAAUGUCCAUUAAGUGAUUUGGAAGUCUGCAACGUUAUAAGAGAAAAGGACCACGGGGAGAGCCGCUACUACAUCGAAAUCGUGAUGCACUACGCCGGAGUAAGCGCGGCCUUAGUGAAUCCGGAUCCCGUAAAGAAACCACGAGUGAGGUGUAGGACUUCCGACCUCGCCGUCGCGGUAUCCCAACAAAUAAAUUAUGCCAAAAGAAUGUAUAUCGAACAUCUAUAUACUUUAAGUAACGACAAUAUCUCAAUUUCUGAAGACUGAGUACUUUUGUUGCUUUUUAAAUGUUUUAUUUAUUAUUUCUACGAGAAUGACAGGAAGGGGUACGUAGCGAUAGGAAGGCUACGUUAGGUGCUGUUUUGUUACAGAUACACGACGGUAUGUACAUACAUAGUUUAUUUUUCUGAGGUUUUCGUUACAUGAAAACAACAAUUCUAUUUUCCUGGGACAGAGGCAAACUCGAUUCAGUUUUGUUAAACUGGACUUCUAGUGGCUAGAAAAAACAGUUCGGCGACAAUUUGGCAAAAGCAAAAGACUUUUUUUUCUGAUGUACUUUGUAUUAAAUUAUAAAUUAAAGUGAUAUAUUUUUUAAAAGAAUUAAAUUUGAAAAUUCAGCCUCUUUUUCUCUUUGUUUGUAUCACUUUCAUUACUUUGACUCCUAUAAAGGAUUUUUUGCAUCCAAUGUUUUUUUUAAUGUAAUUUUCUUGUAAUUUUUUUAUUUAAGGGUUGUCCGAUCGAUGUAAAAUUCAACAUCCACAGGUAAAAAUACGUUGCUGACACUUGGGGCGUUUUUCCAAGCUGGACUACUUUUUACCUUAAAAUUAGUAAAAAUAUCGGUCAAUCUAUUAAAAUAAUUUUUGCAGAAUAAUUAAUAAAAAAAAUGGCGGCCAGAAAUGUAAUUCAUGCAAUUUUUCACCUACACAACAAAAAACUAAAAUUUUUUCGAUUAUAUUAACCGUUGAAGGUGUAAGUACGAAUUUUCAAAAAAAAAAUAUGAUUUUUGGCAUAUUGAUAUCCUCCUCCUCUUUUUCCUUUCCCGUUUCACCGGCUCCCAUAGUAAAAAAUUACAACGCAUCGCGAUGAUCACAAAGAACGCUCGGAACAGACAAAGAGGCUGGGACAAAAUUAAAAUUUGGGGCAUAUACAAAUUUUUGCUGCCUAUAAAAAUGAGGAUCGUACAUGACGACAACACGAUGUAUCGAAGAAAACUUACAGAUGCCGUCUUAUAAUUAAAAAUAUUAAUAGUAAUUGCGAAUUUGCCAGAUUUCUGCUUUUUCAUAUAUAACAGAAAUUUGUACUUUUCUAACGAAACAGUGAUAUAAGUUUAACAAGUAUGAUAAACCAAUGUGUCAGACAGACAAAAAAAAUAGUAAUUCAGCAACAAUACAAUUGGUAUUAUCAGAUUGGCCAUGUUUUUUGCUCCUGAAUGUGAAAUUUGUGUCAGUCGGACAACUCGUAUAAAAGCUAUAGUGGGUGUGCCAUUUAAAGAAUCACCCUGUAUAGAAUUUUUUUGUUAACUGGUUUACAGAGUAAUUCCCCAUUAUCACACUUUGGCACUUUGGUUUUGAGAAAAAGUGUAGGAAUAAGUGAUUCCUAAUAUGAAAAUAAGCUGUAUUUUAUUUAAAGUUUUGUAAUGAGAUACUUGUAAUUAUCAUCACAAGUAUUAAACCAGGGCGGAUCUGUCGAAAUAUCCCACUUUUUGGAUGUAGGUGGGGGCAAGUUAAUUUUUGCUGGAAUA